AUUAAAUCAAUUUCACAGCUUCAUGCAUUAAUUGCAUUAAAAUUAUGGUUCCAUGAGUGAGCAUCUUAAAAUAAAGUUGCGAGGGACCGAAUUUGCAAUUAACCGCUCGUCACAAAUUGGACGCGCCGUGGCUUAAAUACGAACGAGAGCAAACCUGUAAAACCCCUUCCGUAGGGUUUGCUUUCAUUGUCAGAGGUAGAGGGAGAGGGAGAGGGAGAGGGAGGGAUCACUCAUAGAGAUUAGAGAGAGAAAAUGGCGCAGUCGCUGGAGCUGCUGCUGAUCCAGUUCUUGAUGCCGGACAACGACGCGCGGCGGCAGGCUGAGGAGCAGAUAAGGCGACUGUCUAAGGAUCCCCAAGUUGUGCCGGCGCUCAUCCACCACCUCCGCACCGCGAAAACCCCCAACGUCCGGCAGCUCUCCGCCGUCCUCCUCCGCAAGAAGAUCACUGGCCAUUGGGCCAAGCUCUCCCCUCAGCUCCGCCAGCUCGUCAAGCAGUCCCUAAUUGAAAGCAUCACCAUGGAGCACAGCCCCCCAGUGAGGCGAGCAAGUGCGAAUGUGGUUAGUAUCAUUGCAAAGUAUGCUGUUCCAUCAGGAGAGUGGCCUGAAUUGUUGCCCUUUCUAUUUCAAUGCAGCCAGAGCUUGCAAGAAGAUCAUAGAGAAGUGGCAUUGAUCCUUUUCAGCUCUUUGACUGAAACAAUUGGGAACACAUUUCGACCGCAUUUUUCAGAUUUACAGACCCUUCUACUUAGGUGCUUGCAGGAUGAGACUAGCAAUGGGGUCAGAGUUGCUGCUCUCAAGGCAGUUGGGUCUUUUCUAGAGUUCACUCAUGAUGGUGCUGAAGUGGUUAAGUUUAGAGAGUUUAUUCCCAGCAUUUUAAAUGUAUCGAGACAAUGCCUUGCUUCUGGUGAAGAGGAUGUUGCUGUAAUUGCUUUUGAAAUAUUUGAUGAACUGAUUGAAUCUCCCGCACCUCUUCUUGGAGAAUCUGUGAGAUCCAUUGUGCAUUUCUCUCUUGAAGUUUGCUCAAGUCAAAAUUUGGAAUCCAACACGCGUCAUCAGGCUAUCCAGAUAAUUUCAUGGCUUGCCAAGUACAAGUCCAAUUCCCUAAAAAAACAUAAGCUGGUUAUCCCCAUAUUGCAAGUUAUGUGUCCAUUGCUUGCGGAAUCAACUAAUGGAGAUGAAGAUGAUGAUCUUGCACCUGAUCGAGCUGCUGCAGAAGUUAUUGAUACCAUGGCUAUGAACCUUUCAAAGCAUGUGUUCCCACCUGUUUUUGAAUUCUCUUCCUUGCGCAGUCAGAGCAUAAAUCCAAAGGAUCGUGAAGCUUCUGUAACAUGCUUAGGUGUCAUUUCAGAGGGUUGUUUGGAGUUGAUGAAAGACAAGUUGGAACCUGUUCUUCAUGUUGUCUUAGGGGCAUUGAGGGAUCCAGAACAAAUGGUAAGAGGGGCUGCAUCAUUUGCAUUGGGUCAAUUUGCUGAGCAUUUGCAGCCUGAGAUUGUGGCUCACUAUGAGAGUGUUCUUCCUUGCAUUUUAAAUGCACUUGAGGAUGCAUCUGAUGAAGUAAAGGAAAAAUCAUACUAUGCAUUGGCAGCAUUUUGUGAGAACAUGGGCGAGGAAAUCCUUCCUUUUCUUGAUUCUUUGAUGGGAAAGCUACUUGCAGCCCUCCAAAAUAGUCCCCGUAAUUUGCAGGAAACAUGCAUGUCUGCAAUCGGUUCAGUUGCAGCUGCUGCAGAGCAAGCCUUCGUUCCAUAUGCAGAAAGGGUUUUGGAAUUGAUGAAAAUAUUCAUGGUGCUUACAAAGGAUGAGGACCUCCGCUCACGGGCAAGGGCUACCGAACUUGUUGGUAUAGUUGCAAUGUCUGUUGGGAGAACAAGGAUGGAACCAAUUUUACCCCCUUUCAUCGAAGCUGCAAUUUCAGGUUUUGGUUUAGAGUACAGUGAGCUUCGAGAGUAUACCCAUGGGUUCUUCAGCAAUGUUGUAGAAAUUCUGGAUGACGGUUUUACGCAGUACCUUCCACAUGUUGUACCCUUGGCAUUUUCGUCUUGCAAUCUUGAUGAUGGCUCUGCAGUGGAUGUUGAUGACUCUGAUGAUGAAAAUAUCAAUGGGUUUGCUGGUGUAUCAUCUGAUGAUGAAGCUCAUGAUGAGCCAAGAGUUCGAAAUAUCAGUAUAAGAACAGGAGUUUUGGAUGAAAAGGCUGCUGCAACCCAAGCACUUGGCUUAUUUGCGCUGCAUACGAGGGGCUCUUAUGCACUCUAUUUGGAGGAGUCAUUGAGAAUUUUGGUAAGGCAUUCGGGAUAUUUUCAUGAAGAUGUUCGGCUUCAGGCAAUUAUUGCUCUGAAACAUAUGUUGACAGUGGCACAAGCAGUUUUCCAAGGUAAUAAUGAAGGGUCAGCAAGGGCAAAAGAAAUUUUUGAUACUGUGAUGAAUAUCUAUAUCAAGUCUAUGACUGAAGAUGAUGACAAGGAAGUUGUUGCUCAAGCUUGUAUCAGCAUAGCUGACCUUAUCAAGGACUUUGGGUAUAUGGCUGUUGAGCAUUAUAUGCCUCCGCUUGUUGAAGCAACCUUGGCAUUGCUUCGAGAGGAAUCGGCUUGUCAGCAAACAGGAUCUGAUGAUGAUACAGAUGAUGAUGAUGCUGAACAUGAUGAAGUGCUCAUGGAUGCCGUUUCUGACCUCUUAACUGCAUUUGCAAAAUCCAUGGGUUCACAUUUUGGGCCCAUUUUCGCAAAGCUCUUUGAACCUUUAAUGAAAUUUGCGAGAGCUUCACGCCCUCCACAAGAUCAGACCAUGGUAGUUGCAUGUCUUGCAGAAGUUGCUCAAGAUAUGGGUGCUCCAAUUUCGGGCUAUGUUGAUAGGGUGAUGCCCUUGGUUCUCAAAGAACUAGCGUCAUCAGAGGCCACUAACAGGAGGAAUGCUGCAUUUUGUGUUGGAGAAUUGUGCAAAAAUGGUGGCGAGCGAACUUUAAAAUAUUAUGGUGAUAUAUUGCAUGGACUUUACCCAUUAUUUGGGGAAUCUGAGCCAGAUGAUGCUGUAAGAGAUAAUGCAGCUGGAGCUGUCGCAAGAAUGAUAAUGGUCCACCCUGAGUCCAUCCCAUUGAAUCAGGUUCUUCCCAUUCUCUUGAAAGUCCUUCCUCUGAAAGAAGAUCACGAGGAAUCCUUGGCUGUCUAUAGCUGUGUCUGUAAUCUUGUCUUAUCAUCGAAUCCCCAGAUCCUCUCUUCAGUUCCGGAGUUGGUUUAUCUUUUUGCUCAAGUAGCAGUUUCCCCGGUUGAAAGUUCUGAAGUCAAAGCUCUAGUGGGCACAGCCUUUUCUCACCUGAUUUCGCUCUAUGGCCAUCAGAUGCAACCAAUUUUGAGCAACCUUUCACCUGUGCAUGCUAAUGCCUUGGCUGCAAUUGCUCCGAAAAUUUGAUGGCCAAUUUUGCCAGCAAGUUAUGACAGUAACACUUUGCUCCAAAUUCACUUUUCAUUACUGGCUUCAUUUCUUGAGGAGCAUCAUCUCAUCUAUAUUUUGGCUGAAUUGGUCGAACUGGACAAAGGUCAUCACUGUUCAGGUUUUGGUUAGCGAGUGCCAUCUCCCAUUCUCAAGUGCGGGUACGUAUUCUCAGAUUUUGUAUCUUAUGUAAAAUUAAUUAUUGUUUUAUUGUUUUUCUUGGUCAUUUGUUUGUUUUGUUUUUUGUGUUUUUUGGCUGGUUGUGGCGUUUGCUAUUGAUUCUUUCGUUGAGCUCCAAGUGGCCAACAGUUAAAUGUGUUCUCUUGAAAAUUUAUUAAUUCUUUUCGUGUUUGUUUCAAGUCAACUGAGCACAUGUAUCUCCUGAGAAAAUUUGGUGUACAGCUUUGAACUUGAACUUGUCUUUUUAGAGGUUUUAUUUUUAACGUUAACAUUUAGUGGAUCAAUUUUGUUUGGCAA